ACACCGAGUGUGCGGCGGCCGCGCAGCGUCUCCGCCUUGGCCGGCGGGGACCCCGAGCGAGCGCCGCCCCCGCCUCCGCGCAGCGCGCCGGCCGAUCGCGACGAGCGGCGAUGUUUCCCCGGGACACGACGUGGAACAUCUCGUUCGCGGGCUGCGGCUUCCUGGGCGUCUACCACAUCGGCGUGGCCUCCUGCCUCCGCGAGCACGCGCCCUUCCUGGUGGCCAACGCCACGCACAUCUACGGCGCCUCGGCGGGGGCGCUCACGGCCACGGCGCUGGUCACCGGGGCCUGCCUGGGUGAGGCCGGAGCCAAUAUCAUUGAAGUAUCUAAGGAGGCCCGGAAGCGGUUCCUGGGCCCCCUGCACCCCUCCUUUAACCUGGUGAAGACCAUCCGCGGCUGCCUACUGAAGACCCUCCCUGCGGACAGCCACGAGCUUGCCAGCGGGCGCCUGGGCAUCUCCCUGACCCGUGUCUCGGAUGGCGAGAACGUCAUCAUUUCCCACUAUAACUCCAAGGAGGAGCUCAUCCAGGCCAAUGUCUGCAGCACCUUCAUCCCGGUGUACUGCGGCCUCAUCCCGCCCUCCCUGCAGGGCGUGCGCUACGUGGAUGGUGGCAUCUCGGACAACCUGCCCCUGUACGAGCUCAGAAACACCAUCACGGUGUCCCCCUUCUCGGGCGAGAGCGACAUCUGCCCGCAGGACAGUUCCACCAACAUCCACGAGCUGCGGGUGACCAACACCAGCAUCCAGUUCAACCUGCGCAACCUCUACCGCCUGUCCAAGGCCCUGUUCCCGCCGGAGCCCAUGGUGCUGCGCGAGAUGUGCAAGCAGGGCUACCGGGACGGCCUGCGCUUCCUGCGGCGGAACGGCCUCCUGAACCGCCCCAACCCCCUGCUGGCGCUGGGCCCCGCCCGGCCCCCGGCCCCCGAGGACCAGGACGAGGAGGCGGAGGAGGCCGCGGACAGGGCCCGGCCGGAGUGCCCCCUGCCGCCGCCCCGCGACGACCACCGCAUCCUGGAGCGCCUGCCCGCGCGGCUCAAUGACGCCCUGCUGGAGGCCUGCGUGGAGCCCAAAGACCUGCUGAGCACGCUCUCGAACAUGCUGCCCGUGCGCCUGGCCACGGCCAUGAUGGUGCCCUACACGCUGCCGCUGGAGAGCGCCGUGUCCUUCACCAUCCGCCUGCUGGAGUGGCUCCCUGACGUCCCCGAGGACAUCCGGUGGAUGAAGGAGCAGACGGGCAGCAUCUGCCAGUACCUGGUGAUGCGCGCCAAGAGGAAGCUGGGCAGCCACCUGCCCUCCAGGCUGUCCGAGCAGGCCGAGCUGCGUCGCGUCCAGUCGCUGCCGUCCGUGCCUUUGUCCUGUGCCACCUACAGCGAGUCGCUCCCCAGCUGGAUGCGCAACGGCCUCCUGCUCGGGGACGCGCUGGCCAAGUGGGAGGAGUGCCAGCGCCAGCUGCUGCUCGGCCUCUUCUGCACCAACGUGGCCUUCCCGCCCGACGCCCUGCGCAUGCGCGCGCCCGCCGCCCCCGCCGCCGACCCCGCCGCGCCCCCGCAGCACCCGCCGGGCCUGCCCCCGUGCUGAGCGCGCCCGCGCCGCCCCGCGCCCGCCCGCGCAGUGUUAUCUCCUCGGGGACGCCCUCCGCCUGGGCCGCGUCUGGCCCAAUGAUUAUUUAUUUUCGCCGAAGCAGAUGUAAUAAAAGCCACGGCUCAG